AUGGAGUCACAAAGAGGUCAUCAUAUUUUAACAAGAUUGACCAAGAUACGCAGAAGGCCCCAACAACCAUUAACUGACUUUACAGAACUUUACAGCAGAAUUGCCAAUGAAACAAUAUAUUACUUGAAUCUAGAAGAGAAAAAACGAUAUAAAGAUGCGUUACAAGGAUGGAAAGCGCUUACCACCGAUGUACUGUUCAAACAGACGUUGAUAGAGCAUAACUAUCCAAAUACUCAAUCAUACACGAAAGACGAAGUUAGUUUACAGAACGGUAUUCGGGAACUAUACCACAAGAGUGUUAUGCAUCUAGAAAGAGUUCAAAAACUGGUCCAAGAAGAGCCUGUCCCCAGGAGUCAUGUGCCGUCAUCUAAAACAUACAACAAUCAUAGCUCAUCUUUCACAAGAGCCACAGAACCGCCUCCCGCAUUCCAAAUGGUUCCCGGAAGAAUGAUGAAAACAUUAAGAAAUAGAAAUGCAUGCGGCUAUAAAAACGCAUACUCCAAUUCCUCCCUACCGCCACAUAAUAGUAGUACAUCAUUGAAACGUGCAGAAAACAUGGAGAGUAUUAAAGUAAAUUUUGUGCCUUCCAAGCCUUUAUCUAACAUUACAAGCAGACAGCACAAGAAAUCUGCCGAGCACAACGAUCGCCCGCUCAAGAAGGAGACUGAAAUGUACUCAGAUAAAUAUGUAUCAGAGCCAAUAUUGAUAGAUUUGACCAACGACGAGGAUGAUCACGAUGACGGAAUUUUGAAAGAGCACAGCGUAUUUGGCGGAGAAGAAAGUGAAGAUUUCGAGUUUGAUGUUUCUGAUUAUUAUGAUAAUUUCUCCGAAGUCGAAGAAGAAGAAGGAGAAGAACAACGUCGUAUAAAAAUGUUGGAAGGAAUUCAACAGCAAAUGUCUGAUAUGUCUGUUACUUCUUCUACAUCCAGUAAUAAGAGUACAAGUUCUUUAGAAAAUGUCCCUGGCUCAUCCAUACGGUCCUUGCCCAAUACCGCGCCUGCUCUUCCUUCAUUACCUCCUCCUCCUCUAUCAAGUGUUGAUAGAGCGUCUAGCACUGGUGCUGUAAAGUCGCAUAGUUCAGAAACCCCUACUACCAUGGACCCAUCAAAGAUGCGACAUCCUCAAAUAUCGAAAUUACUGAAGAAUAAUCACGUACCUUACCUGAAAGGAACCAAGUCAACGCCCACUCUUAUUACUAAAUCAACCCCAACUUUUGUUACAAAAUCCAAAAGUAAUACAAAGCCGAUCAUUAAAUCCACUGCAUCAUCUCCCACUUCUUCUUUGACAACUCCGAAUUCCGCACUUCAAAAACCCAAAACGGCUGCAAUGGCCGCUAAGAAAGUUUUGAACGGCAAAAAGGUUGCGAGUGGUCCAGCAUUAAACACCAUGAUGAAGGCCCAUCCCAUUUUGAAAUCCAAAACGGCAAAAACUUCAACUUCUAGUUCGAAGAAAACGAGUAGCCAUCCUUCCAGAUCUGUUAGUAAUUCAAAAACAUAUCCGCAUGGUGCACCUCUAAAUAAGAAGCCAUCGAAAAAUCAAACCACGUCCAUGAGUAAAACGAAUCGAAAAACACCAGCACAAAAAAGAACCGAUCCGCCCAAAAUUGCAGAAGUCGGAACAGAAUAUGCCACUGAAAACGCAACUUCCUUGGAUGAGGAAAAAGAGGAGCCUGAAAUAGAUAAGAAGGUUCUCAGAGAGAUUCUAGAAGAUGAAAUUAUCGAUAGUUUACAGGGUGUAGAUAAGCAAGCUGCAAAGCAAAUUUUUGCCGAAAUUGUGGUACACGGAGAUGAAGUUCAUUGGGAUGAUAUUGCUGGUUUAGAAAGUGCCAAAUACUCUUUAAAAGAAGCGGUUGUAUAUCCAUUUUUGAGACCGGACUUAUUUAGGGGGUUACGUGAACCGGUCAGAGGGAUGCUUUUAUUUGGCCCACCAGGUACAGGUAAAACAAUGUUAGCAAGAGCUGUGGCCACAGAGUCGCACUCCACCUUUUUCUCUAUUAGUGCUUCCAGUUUGACAUCCAAGUACUUGGGUGAGAGUGAAAAACUAGUGAGGGCACUUUUUGCGAUCGCCAAGAAACUUUCACCAUCUAUUAUUUUUGUUGAUGAAAUUGACUCUAUCAUGGGCAGUAGGAACAACGAAAAUGAAAAUGAAUCAAGCCGAAGAAUCAAAAAUGAGUUUCUUGUUCAGUGGUCAUCUUUAUCCAGUGCAGCGGCUGGUUCAAACAAAAACGACACUGAUGACUCCAAUACUGACGGCGAUGAAGAUGAUACAAGGGUCCUGGUACUUGCUGCGACAAACUUACCGUGGUCAAUUGAUGAGGCUGCCAGAAGAAGAUUUGUAAGAAGACAAUAUAUUCCAUUACCGGAGGAUCAGACUAGGUACGUUCAAUUCAAGAAACUUUUGUCCUAUCAAAAGCACACAUUAACCGAUUCAGAUUUUGAUGAACUGGUAAAGAUUACUGAGGGAUUUUCAGGAAGUGAUAUAACGUCUUUAGCGAAGGAUGCUGCCAUGGGUCCAUUACGUGAUCUCGGUGAUAAGUUAUUGGAAACGGAGAGGGAGAUGAUAAGACCCAUAGGUCUUGUGGAUUUUAAGAACAGUUUAGAGUAUAUCAAGCCCUCUGUAUCUCAGGACGGAUUAGUGAAGUACGAAAAAUGGGCUUCACAAUUUGGAUCGUCUGGUUCAUGA